CCAGCCCAACAAGAUGUCGCCAUAUUGACGCAACACUCUGAUUUUAACGUAACAAUAAUCAAUCAAAUUUAUAGUUUCUUGGAUUUGUUUCCAAAGAAGAUUCAGGAACAAUUAUCAACCAUAUCAGGAGAAGACGUUAACAAUUUAAUAGAAGUGGCCAUGGACAAAGGUAGGCCUUAUGAAUUAUUCUUCUACCACAAAAAGGAACCAUACAGUAAUCCAACCUUCAUUGUGAAACAGGAAGAAAUUGAUGAAAUUGUUAACAAGCUAUCAUUUGGAACUGACAAUAGAGCUGGUAUGGAUGGAUCACUGCACAGAAUUAGUGCCAUGCUCAAUAGAGAGGCAAAAAUUAUUGGACUAACCUUGAGAGUGGGAAGAGCAGUGAUGGGAAGAGCUAAAGUGUUCUCAGAUUUGAUAGAAGAAGGAAAGAGUAUUUUGUUGUUAGGUAAACCAGGAGCAGGAAAGACUACUUUUAUCAGAGAUUUUGCCAAGACACUUUCAGAAUCGAGAAGAGUUGUGGUUGUAGACACUUCGUGUGAAAUUGGAGGAUUUGGUGAUAUACCCCAUGUUGCUAUAGGAAAGGCGAGAAGAAUGCAAGUUGCUGACAUUAGAAGACAACAAGAAGUCAUGAUUCAAGCAGUUCAAAAUCACACCCCAGAAGUAAUUGUCAUUGAUGAGAUUGGAACAAAAGAUGAGGUAAGCACAGCAAGAACCAUUUCCCAAAGGGGUGUCAUUUUGUGUGGAAGUGCUCACGGUGAUAUGAAAUCAAUUCUUAAAAACCCAAUUUUGUGUGAUUUAUUAGGAGGUGUUGAGAGCGUGAUUAUGGGUGAUAGGAAUGCAUCAAGAGAUGGAGAAAAGAUGAGACUUCAAUUGAAGGCAGAUCCAGUGUUUGAUGUUGUAAUCCAAUUA